GCGGUGGCCCACAGCGAAGGGAAGGAGGAAGGCAGGGAGCCCGGGCGCGGGAGCCGGAGUCGCGGCGGCGGUAAUAGUCGGAGACCCCUGUAGGCCACCGUCCCGAACGCGGGGCCGCCGGCUCCGACGGGAGUUCGCGGGGAGCGGCCAGGGCCGUGGGACGGCUGGGGAUCGGGGGCCGAUGAGACCCCUGUGCGGUGCGGAGGGGGCGGCGCCCCCGGCUCUGACCCGCGCCGGGGGGGGGUGGGCCAUGGCGGAGAUCAGCGACCUGGACCGGCAGAUCGAGCAGCUGCGGCGCUGCGAGCUCAUCAAAGAGAGCGAAGUCAAGGCCCUGUGCGCUAAGGCCAGAGAGAUCUUGGUAGAGGAGAGCAACGUGCAGAGAGUGGACUCGCCCGUCACCGUGUGUGGCGACAUCCACGGGCAAUUCUAUGACCUCAAGGAGCUGUUCAGAGUGGGUGGUGAUGUCCCUGAGACCAACUACCUCUUCAUGGGGGACUUUGUGGAUCGCGGUUUCUACAGCGUCGAAACGUUCCUCCUGCUGCUGGCACUUAAGGUUCGCUAUCCUGACCGGAUUACCCUGAUCCGGGGCAACCAUGAGAGCCGCCAGAUCACGCAGGUCUACGGCUUCUAUGACGAGUGUCUACGCAAAUACGGCUCGGUGACCGUGUGGCGCUACUGCACUGAGAUCUUUGACUACCUCAGCCUGUCGGCCAUCAUCGAUGGCAAGAUCUUCUGCGUGCACGGGGGCCUGUCCCCCUCUAUCCAGACCCUGGACCAGAUCCGCACGAUUGACCGGAAGCAAGAGGUGCCCCAUGACGGGCCCAUGUGUGACCUGCUCUGGUCUGACCCCGAAGACACAACAGGCUGGGGCGUGAGCCCCCGUGGGGCCGGCUACCUGUUCGGCAGCGACGUGGUCGCCCAGUUCAACGCGGCCAACGACAUUGACAUGAUCUGCCGCGCGCACCAGCUGGUGAUGGAAGGCUACAAGUGGCACUUCAACGAGACUGUGCUCACCGUGUGGUCGGCGCCCAACUAUUGCUACCGCUGCGGGAAUGUGGCCGCCAUCCUGGAGCUGGAUGAGCAUCUCCAGAAAGAUUUCAUCAUCUUCGAGGCUGCUCCCCAGGAGACCCGGGGCAUCCCCUCCAAGAAGCCCGUGGCCGAUUACUUCCUGUGAUCCCUCCAGCCCCCUGGCCCUCGGACCACUGUGACUCUGCCCUCUUCUCCAGACUGAGGCUGGGCAUCGGGGGCUGUCUCGGCUCUGCUCUCCCCCCGGAGAGGGCACUUCGAGGGUGAGGACUUCUCUCUGGAGAGGCUCGGAGCCUCAGCUCCAGGCUCCUCUCCUUUCUCCCCACUUGAACCAUGGAGUUUCCAAUAAUUUUCUGGUUUUCUUUUUUCCUUUUUCCUUUUUUUUUUUUUUUGUUUGUUUUUAGAUAAAAAAUUUUGAGAGAAAACAAAGAAAAAUUCUAAUAAAAGGAGAAAAAUGGU